GAAUUUUUCCGUCCUAAUUUCAACAAAGACACAGUUGAUUAGCAAUGAAAAAAAAUGCGGAAGGCCAUCAGGUUCAGAAGAACAGAGGAGGUCACGAAAGAUAUAGAUGGUUUAUAUACUUCGCAACGAAUCCAGAAUUAGACAGAAUUAGAUCACAUAUCUCUCUCUCUCUCUCUCUCUCUUCCUCUCUCUCACCAACAAAUACCCAGAAACAGAUUACUUUUCUCCUCUUACCUGAGACAACGGUUUGGAGGAAGAAGAAGAAAUGAAGUUGGAACCGAGGAAAGACGGAGUGAGUGGAGGAGGAAAUGGAGGAGCUUUCCCGCACCUCCCGCUCGCCUGUUUUGAUAUGAAGGUAUUCAUAGCGCCCCUCAUAGGCCUCGCCCUUCUCAUAGCCAUGUGGCAGCUCCAACCCUACGAAUCCCUCUUCUGCUCUCGCCUCUCCUCUUGCCCUCUCCCCAACUCCGCUUCCCCACUCUCAAAAUCCGAGCUUUCCUCCUCGCUCUCCCCCUCCCCUGUUUCCCCUGUUUCCAAUUCCACCCCUGCAACCCCAAAAUCUCCCGUUUUCGUUCCUCCUCCCGACCCAAACAAGAGAGCUUUCCGGGCCUACGGCAGCGCCGCCGCGCUGUUCGUCCAGAUGGGCGCCUAUCGCGGCGGCCCCGCCACCUUCGCCGUCGUCGGCCUCGCCUCCAAGCCCACCCACGUCUUCGGCACCCCCUGGUUCAAAUGCGAGUGGGUCUCCAACAACCCCUCCGUCACCCCCGUCCGCGCCAAGGCCUACAAGAUGCUCCCCGACUGGGGCUACGGCCGCGUCUACACCGUCGUCGUCGUCAACUGCACCUUCCCCUCCAACCCCAACGCCGACAACGCCGGCGGCAAGCUUCUCCUCCACGCGUACUACUCCGCCACCUCUCGCCGCUAUGAAAAGUUCGUAGCUUUGGAGGAAGCUCCAGGCUCCUACAACCAAUCCCAUUACCAGCCACCGUUCCAGUAUGAGUAUCUCUACUGUGGCUCCCCCUUGUAUGGCAAUUUGAGUGCUAGCAGGAUGAGAGAAUGGAUGGCCUACCAUGCUUACUUCUUUGGUCCCAAUUCCCAUUUUGUCUUCCACGACGCCGGGGGUGCAGGGCCGGAGGUGAAGGCAGUGCUCGAACCAUGGGUGAAAGCUGGGCGAUUGACGGUGCAGGACAUCCGGGCGCAAGCAGAGUACGAUGGCUACUACUACAACCAAUUCUUGGUGGUGAAUGAUUGCUUGCACCGGUAUCGGCACGCCGCCAAUUGGACCUUCUUCUUCGAUGUCGACGAGUACUUGUACCUGCCGGAGGGGCGGACGCUGGCGUCGGUGCUCGACAAGCUCUCGCAGUAUACUCAAUUCACCAUCGUGCAGAAUCCCAUGUCGAGUAAGCUGUGUGUGCUGGAUCUUAAUAAGGACUACUCCAAGGAAUGGGGGUUCGAGAAGCUGGUCUUUCGCAAUUCGAUCACCGGAGUGAGGCGAGACCGUAAAUAUGCCAUUCGGGCAAGGAAUGCAUUUGCGACUGGCGUUCACAUGUCGGAGAAUGUCAUCGGGAAGACCACCCACAACACAAAGGACAUGAUCAGAUACUACCACUACCACAGUUCCAUCAAUGUGUUGGGAGAGCCAUGCCAUGAAUUCAUGCCUAUGCCAGCCAAGGGCAAAGUAACAUGGUUUGAGAAGAUCCCGUAUGUCUACGAUGAUAAUAUGAAGCGUAUGGCUGAAGUUGUCAAGCAGUUUGAGAAGGAAGCAAUUGGAUCUAUCUGAACAUAUAUAGCAAUCUCCGAUGCCAUUUGGCUAUAUGUUUCGUCAUUCUUUGGGGGUGCCCUAGAGUACUGAAUCUUCUCCUGAGUCUGAGCUUCCUUUUUCCUGGUGUUCCGGUGGAGGAUCCUGCAAAGAAUACUGGGGGGAAAGGGCGUGAAGGAUGGGGAAGGAAAAGGAAUGCUGGAGGACCCCAGAUUUAUGUGUAAAGAUGCAGUUUUUCUCAUACUCCUUAGGUCUGUGGAGAUUUCAUUUCCCUCUCAUGAUAUGUUCUCUUUAGAGGUUCCAUUCUCUUUUCCUCUUUCCCGCUUUAAUCUUAUACAUAAUCUUUUCUAGGCUCAA